AAACGUCAGUCCCUAUUUUUCCUUGUAUGGUCGGCAUCCUGAUUACACUCGCUUGCGGGUUUUUGGAUAUUGAGAUGUGCACAAAGGGUACCUUUGUUAUGACCCUUCCCUUCAGCGCAUACGCAUAGCAGCCACGGUUGUAUUUUUUGAACAUAUCAUGUUCUACACUGCCACCUCUGAUCCACCAUUGUUUUGUCCACCUUUGUCCUCGUUGCCGAUGUUUGAUGAUGAUGAGGGCGAUGAUUCUCUUCCGCCACACCCACCAGAUACUACUCCUCCUGACCAAGAUCUGCCUCCCUCGCCUGCGCCAUCAUCUAUUGGUUCGUCCUCAGCUUCAGCCCUUCCUCGUCCGCAUCAUCGGCUGCCAGUUCAUCCACUUCAGCUUCAUCGAGCUCCCCCCCCCAGCUCCGUCCUCGCCUGCGGAACCUCCAGGCUUGCGUCGUUCUCUUCGGAUGACUAGAGGACAGCCGCCACCAAAGUUUGAUGAUUAUGUUACAUUUGGUGUUGAUGCUAUUUUGAUUCCUACUAGCUAUAAACAGGCCAAGGAGGAUCCUCGUUGGGGUAAAGCUAUGGAUACAGAAAUUGAUGCACUUCAUGCAAACAAUACUUGGACAUUGGUACCUCGCCCACCGCCGGAAGUUCCUAUUGUGGGUUCUCGUUGGUUAUAUGCGGUGAAGAUGCUACCGGAUGGGUCGGUGGAAAGAUUUCGGGCUCGUCUCAUUUCUCAGGGAUUCACACAGGAGUACGAGGUCGACUACGAUGAGACGUUUGCGCCAGUAGCUAAAAUGGCCACAGUUCGGACGUUGCUUGCAGUUGCUUCCCUCCUCAAUUGGCAUCUUUUCCAGCUAGAUGUAAAAAAUGCCUUCUUACACGGUGACUUAAAGGAGGUUGUGUACUUAGAACGCCCGCCUGGCUAUGCAUAUGGCGAUUCUUCACAUGUUUGCCUACUCCAUCGUUCGCUAUAUGGUCUUAAGCAGGCUCCGCGAGCCUGGUUCGAGAAAUUUCAGAACACGAUCUUGCAGUUUGGGUUUAAUCAGAGUCUAAGUGAUCCAUCCAUGUUUACGAAGAAAUCGGCGACUGGUUUGGUUGUCCUGCUAUUGUAUGUUGAUGAUAUGAUCAUCACCGGGGAUGAUGUUCAUGGCAUUGUAGAACUGAAGCAAGGGUUGCAGAAGGCAUUCAGUAUUAAAGACCUCGGUGAGCUGCAUUACUUUCUUGGUCUUGAAGUAAGUCGCACUUCCCAGGGCAUUCUUCUUAACCAAAAGAAGUAUAUCGGUGAUUUAUUGAGUGAUCAUCAUUUUGAGGAUUGUAAGCCCGUCAGUACACCCAUGGAGUUAAAUUUGAGGCUUAGUCGAACUUCUGGUGAUUUGUUGCCUGAUGGUGCUGGAUAUCGCAGCUUAGUCGGCAGUCUUAUUUAUUUGGCAGCGACGCGGCCAGAUAUAUCUUACGCCGUUCAGAUUGUCAGUCAGUAUAUGGCAGCACCGCAAGUGGAUCAUUUAGCCGCAGCACAUCGGAUCCUACGCUAUCUUCAGGGAACACGGGAUGUGGGUAUGUUCUUCCCUUCGACUGGUAAUCCUAUCCUCCGUGCCUAUUCUGAUUCUGAUUUUGCAGGUUGUAUUGACACUCGCCGAUCCACGACUGGGUGGUGUGUUCAAUUUGCUGGUUCCUUCAUUUCCUGGCGGUGUAAGAAACAAGACAAGGUGUCCAAAUCUUCUACAGAGGCGGAGUAUAGGGCUAUGUCGGAUGUGAGUUCGGAGUUGAUUUGGUUGCGCCGACUGUUGGGUGAUUUUGGUGUUUCUUGUUCACUGCCCAUGGAGCUUUUUGUGGAUAACACCAGUGCUAUCCAAAUUGCCACCAAUCCAGUGCUCCAUGAGCACACGAAGCACAUUGAGCUCCAUGUCCAUUACAUUCGAGAUCUUGUUCGUGGUGGCACUAUUAAUCUGCAUUACAUUCGGACGGAAGAUCAGAUAGCAGAUAUAUUUACCAAGUCGUUCACUAAUGCUCGCCACUGGUACCUGUCUAGCAAAUUGAUGCUUCGUUCUCGACAUCAAUUUGGGGGAGGCUGUUAGUGAUCGACGUAGUUAGCUUGAGCCCAUUGUACGUAACUGCCCAUUUAUGUUUAGCCCAUGUAAUUAAGCCCAUGCAAACCAUGCACGAGAUACACGUUGAGUGCUAGGGUUUGCUGGGAUAUAUACUCUUCUCUCUUGGACUCGACCGAACAACAAAGUCAGAUAGUGCAUUGAUCUUGGAGAGUACAAACUCUCUCGUGGAUUAGUCCUGGCAUUCCAGGAAUACCACGUUAAAUUCGUUUGUGUCAUUUAUUUCGGUUUGUUAACAAGGAAAACGAUAAAGUAUACACAUCGAG